AUGGGGUCCCUGGAAGGAAGCCCCUCCGUCCCGAAGAGGAACUUUUUCAUCUUCGGCCACAAUAUCUCCCAUACUCUCUCCCCAACCCUCCACAACACGGGCUUCCGAGAACUCGCCCUCCCACAUCAUUACGGCAUCCACCAGACAGAGAGCGUCGACGCCUCGGUAGAAUCCAUCAUCAACGCCAAUGACUUCGGCGGCGCAUCAGUCACCUUUCCGCACAAACUACAGAUUGGCAAGCUCUUAGAUGCAGUCACUCCUUGCGCACAGAAGAUUGGGGCCGUGAAUACCGUACUCGUCGAGGAGGACUCGGAGAAGGGGCGCAGGCGACUUGUGGGCGAUAAUACGGACUGGCAUGGGAUUAGGAGAUGUAUCGAGCGCAGCGGGCUAUCGGACCUUCGUUCUUCGACUGCGUUGGUUCUUGGUGCCGGUGGAGCGGCUCGCGCUGCUUGCUAUGCGAUCCAGGAGUUAGGGAUUACACAGCUUCUCGUUGUGAACAGGACGAUAUCGAAGGCGGCCGAGAUGGCGGCACAGUUUCCCGCUCUUGAUUGCCAUGUGUUUCAGACCUUGGAGGACGCCGUAUCUGCCGAAAGGGAGCGCGAUGGGCCGGGUAAACUAUCUUUGAAAGUCAUUGUUGCCUGCGUUCCUGCGGAUGACCUUGGCGAGGAGAAGAUACCUGCAGGACUGUUUGGUGCUGAGAAGGGAGUUUUGGUUGAGAUGGCGUAUAGACCGCAGGUCACUGGUAUGAUGAAGACGGCAUCACGGCAUCCGGGCUGGACGAUAUUCAAGGGUGUGGAUGUACUUGAGGAACAGGCUUAUGCCCAGUUCGAGUUGUGGACUGGAAGAGAAGCACCAGUCGAGGCGAUGAGGGCUGCCCUACAGGCUAAGAUCAAGGAGAGAUGA